AUGUACAAAUUUCAAAGCAAAAGAGUAAAAGCUGCUGCUAGAAAGAUGCUGACUUCAAAACUCUCAAGCUUUAGACAACCUCUUAAAAACAUUUACCAUAAACCUAUGAACAUCAUAUAUCCAACUAUGACUUCUUAUGAUUGUACUCAAGGUGACAUUAGUACUAAUGAAAAAAUGUCUCUUACACUAAUGUUGCAAAAUAUAACUACCCAGAUAGAGCUUCUCAAUCAAAUGAAUGACAUAAUCAGCACAGUAUCAAAAAUCCAGGGAAAAAAUGAUUUUUAUCAGAAGCAGAAAGAGGAACUGGAAGCCAGCAAGCAUUUUUAUGAACAGAGACAAACCACAGUAACUAAAGACAUCCUGUCUUUGAAGAAUGACAUUGAAGUUUAAAAGAAGAAGGUGACUGAACUGGAAAACCAAAAUUCUUGUUCCAGGAUACACUGUUUACAGUUUCUGGUAGGAGAAAAGGGCAAACAGGUUAUAGACUAUUUAUACAGACUUAUACAACCAGAAACAUUGAAGAAAACAUCACCUUCUGUAGACUCUGAAAUCUCUUCAACAGACAAAAAAAUGUCUGGUUAUCCUGAGUUAUCUGAUCAUGUGGAAGAAAAAUCAGUUUCUCCUCAAGUUAAAACUCUAAAGAACAGUAGCCAUCAAAAUUUAUUAAGAAUCAUUCAAAGAGCAACUUCAAGCAUUUAUAUUUACCCAGACUUUUAUACAAGGAUAAAGUUAACUUUUGUUCAUGGAGAAAAGUGGAGAUUUUUCCUCCCUGCUGCCAAGCUAGAAGACUACUUCAAGUGGCUUCUCUCCAAGCCAGCCAGGCCCUCUGAGGAGCCACGACUCCCAAGCCAGAGUCAAUUCACUGGGCCUCUUGCAAGCUUAGCCACAAUCUGUCUUUCCAUUUUCAACUAUGUUUACUAUCGUUUUGGUUCCUCAAAAGAGGAAGUAACUCAGCUCUAA